AUGAAAUUCGCUACUGCUCUCGCUCUCACUUCAGUCGCCGCCGGUGUCUCCGCUUGGUCAGACACUUUUGGCACAAUUGAUGACCAAUCAUUCUCGGUCGUAAUCAAGGACCCAUGGAAGUCCGGACUUGACCAUGCUAAUACCGCGGCUGUCAGUGUAAACACAAUUGAAAACUCACAGCCAUUCACAAGUCACAACACUUUCACUAUCUACGGUGAUCAAUGUACACAAUAUGUUGGACUUCCAGCUAGAGAUGAUCUUCCAUACCAACCACAAAUUCAUCUUGGUGCUAAUUUCUGUAACAGGAAGAACUUGGAUAAUCUCUGGAUCAACUACGCUAAUCAACAUCUUGAUGUCACUUCAGACAGUCGCUGUCUCCACAACCACGUUAUUAAGGAGACAAGAUGUGUUAUUCAAAACGAACCAUAA